UAUCUAUCUAUCUAUCGCAGUGGCAGCGCUCACACUGUUCUUGGCAUACGGGGUGGCCGCAAUUCCUGCCGCACAUCUAAUCAGCAAGGUGUUCCCGAGUGGCUGCCAAGUCACCAUCAUUUUCAUCAGCCUCACAUUCGGCGUGGUGCCGACGCUGCUCGAGAUCGUGUGGGACGCCGAGGGUCCGGACGCGGCGCCCGUGGGCCGAGUGCUAACAUCGGCGUCCCGCGCCGUGCCUUCGGCUGCGCUCAGCGCUGGGCUCACCAGGUUGCUGCGACUGCACGCUGUGAGCCAGCUGUGCGAACUGCCCGACCGGCAGAGGGUCGCCCUGUGCAGAGAGCUGAAGCCGCGGGUGAUGGCGCCGCCCGCCGCCGAGGCGCUCGCCCUAUGCUGUCCUGAAGCCCAUGAGCUUGAGAUGAAGGAGGUGCCCAGCUGGCCGGAUCUAAUCGCGAGAGAGGCGAUCCUGACAUACGACAUGGCCGCGCUGCUGGGAUGCGGCUUCGUCGCCCUGUUGCUGUUGUCGCUGGGCGACGCCGUGCUGGUGCCGCUGCUGCACCGGCUCAGAUACAUGGGCUGGCGGAGGGCAGGCACGUCCACCAGUCGCAAGUUGGCCGCCAUCGAGGCGAGUGGGCUCAUGCAGCCGGUCGCCGCCUCCGUCAGGCUGCCGCAGUCGUCGGUGCCUGGUACUGGCACUGGCGGCAUUCGCUCCAGCCCCACCAUCAUGGACCCUACGUCGCUGGUCUCUUCGUACAAGGAGAAGGGAGACAUGGUGCUGGAGGCGGCAAGUUUGGAGCGCCGGUUCGGUAGCCAGUACGCGGUCUGCGCCGUAUCGUUGAGUGUACGGGAGGGUGAGUGCGUCGGCCUUCUGGGCCAAAGUGGAGCUGGAAAGUCCACCAUGCUGCGAAUGCUCUCCGGAGAGCUGCUACCCACGGCCGGCGCAUGCGUCGUCUACGGAAACGACCUGCGCUCCCAGAGGGCCGGCUACGUUACGCGCGUCGGGUACCAGCCUAGCACCGGCGGCUAUGUGCCCGAGCUGACGGCCCGGCAGCACCUGGAGCUCCUGGCCGUUCUCAGGCUGCUGCCUAAGCGCAACGUGCGUCCACUGGUGAACCACGUGCUCCGACUCGUUGACCUUGACAGGGAAGCCGACAAGCAGGCUGAGCACUACUGCCGCUCGUCCCUGCGAAAACUCGGCCUCGCUAUGGCGUUGCUGGGGGCCCCGCGCCUGGUGUUGCUGGACGCUCCAACGAGUGGAAUCGAUCCCAUCUCGGCGCGCAAGAUGUGGCAGGCCGUGGACGCCUUCAUCACGGCCAACGACCAGGCGGUCGUGCUCGCCACCACGCUGUGAGAACCGCUGUGCAGGUCGCGGCGACUGUGUAGGAAACAUCCCGUCUCCUACACACCACUGAAAAAUGGAAGGGCACUGUAAGCGAGAACGACCAAGCGCAUUGCGCUCUGCCGUUCCUAUCACCCUUCAUUUUUUCAGUGGUUCGUCGGUAUAUAACACAGCGCAUUGCAAGAUGAAGACACACCAACUAGCCCAAUUACUCGCUUCACUGACGGGAAUAUUUUAAAGGCUAUUAUUAUAGUCGUAGGUAUACGAAUCCAGAAGACAGAAGGGUAGGAGGGAAGGGGAGGGGCGGUCGUUGAUGCUAUAGGUGGCAAUGGCUCCCCUUGAAGCUCUGGGUGCGUCCGUGCGCACACGAUAACCUCAUAACGUGUUUGGUAUUUCAUAGAGCACACAUGACUGUUAUAGACUAUUUGAAACAGUGUUAUACGCAUUGGCACUUGAUUUCGUACGCAUCUGACAAAGCAAUCCAGAGAGGCUGAAGUUUGGGAGGCUUUGUAGCGAACGUACACUAGACCACCGAGCAGGUUCCCAUAGGAAAGGGGACGCUGCGGGACCUGUGUUCCCGGUGGUGCAGGAUUCCCGAGUGCCUGUCGCUGUGCUCGCGCGUGCUGGUUCUGAGCGGCGGCGAGCGCACGUGGGCGGGCUCGGUGGCCGACCUGCGCAACACCUUCUUCAUGGGCAUGGUGGUCACCGUGACGCUGUCGGCCGAGCAGAAGCAGGACGGCAUGGUCGCCUUCCUGCGGCGAGUGUACGACAUCUUCGGGGGCGAGGCGCAGAUGGUCAGCAAGCACAAGGUGCUGGCGCCGUCCUCCGGCUACCCAUCUGUCGGGCUUAGAGCCACGUGUAUAAUUUCCUUAACAACACCCGCGCCACCCAAAGCGCGGCGACAGCCCCGCACUUCGGUUAUAAUCAUCCAAUUCAACUUGUAUCACCACCCGUGCUCUUCGACGCAGCUCAUUGCUCUUCCUGAUUGUGCUAUACGAGCCUCGCGUAUAUAUACA